AAUAAAGCGAGUUUUUAUCGCGUGUUAGUAUUAUUAUUGUUUUCAAGUUGUACAAAUUACACGAAAAUUUUGUUGUCGUCAUAAUAGCUUCAAAUAUGCGUCGUAUUCUCCUUACCUCCGGUCAGGUGUCUAUGCUGGCCACAGCCACUAUGAUCAUGCUUUGCACAAGUGCCCUCUUUCUGAGCGGCUACGCAAUCCAGCAGCGUACCCUGCGAGACCUGCGAGCAGCUAUCCGGCCCCGCCAAUCGCCGAAAGCGCAUCUGCCCGAAGAAUUUAGAGGCGCACUCGCGGAUAUAGAAGAGAGCGAAUUGAUCGUUUUGGAAACUGAGGGCCAGAGAUGGUCGAGAGAAGCUCGCAGUAUGGGGCCUCAGGCUCGGGUGUCGGAUGCAGAGAUUCAGGUCGAAGAGACGCCGGUAGAGCCUGAGUCUGAGUCUAAGCCUGAGCUAAAGGCAGAGCAGAAAGAGGAGGGACAGAAAGAGGCUCCCGCAGCCAUCCCUGAUGGAGAGCCCACAAAGAAGCAGCUUGAAAUGCUGGAAAAGAUUCAGCAGACUGUGGCUGAUAAGUCAUGGGCCGUCGAGAACCCGGAUCCGCUAUCUAAAAACAAGGCUCCGAUAUCGAGAGCACAGCGCAGAAAGAUGAUCAAGGAUGAGAUUUUGAGAUUGUCACAGUCCGACAAGCCUGUCUAUUACCAGAGGCGACUGUGGUAGGAUGUUUUACCACUCUGGUGUAACCGAUUUUUUAUGCAAAUAAGUUUAACGAUUUAGGAUUUGGAUAUAUGUGUUUAUAUGGAGUCAUGAUAUGGGUGAAUAGGAACACCGAGGAACGGUUUAUAUACGAAUUGGAUAUAUAUUGUACAUCUUUUGGAAAUGAAUCAAUUAUUUU